ACCGCGCCGAUAUCGUUGUCGGCCUGCGCUGCCAGAGUGUGUUGUUCUGGGCUUGUUGUCCUUCCCGGUUGACGGAAUAAAUGCUGGAAAAUCUUCUCAAAAUGGACGCUCUGAAGGAACAAGUGAUGAUAAACCAGUUUGUACUGGCGGCUGGAUGUGCGGCGGACACUGCCAAGCAGUUGCUUCAAACGGCCCACUGGCAGUUUGAGACGGCAUUAAGUAUUUUCUUCCAAGAAGCGCCGAUACCAAACGGCCACCCACACUGCUACAAACAAGGUGGACAUUCGGUGCACGCACCAGCCAACACACCUGCAACUCCUCCUAAUUUUCCGGAUUUAAUGAUGGACCUUUCAAAAUUGGGCACAACAGACAAAUACCAUGCGGGUUCCCCGACGUGUAUGGUGUCUGCCCCGGCUCCCAUGCAGCCGAUGAACAUCGCGCAGUAUGGACACGGAAACAACAACCAGAAACAAAUGGAGGUGGAACCACAGAGGUGAGACUGGCCAAAACUGGAGGUUUUUCCGUGGGGGGGAGGGGGUUGGUCAGCGGGGGAGCAGCUCGGAUUGUCCCAGUUUGAAGGAUAUUUUUCCAAUGAGGACGACAAUGAUAGUGAAGGACUCGGGAGAGAGUGCUUUCGCGUGGAACUUGGAAAUUUACCAGAAAGUGUGCAGCUGCAGUUACGCCAGUGGACUGGUGCCAUUGGAUUUCUAAACUUUGAAGAGGAAAGAGCCAGCGGAUGGUCAUGUGUGUAUGAUGUACCAGCAGAGGAAAGCCUACAGUAUCUGCCAAGUGUCAGAUUUGUUUUUUGUCAUGUAUUUUUUUCAUGUUAAAUUUUUGUGGCACCCUAAACAGUUUAUAAUUUGUAACUCUGCUCACCCUUUUUUGGGGGGGAGGGGGGAAGAAUGCACUAUCCAGAUGUCACUCUGUUGAUCAAGCAGCGAGUCGGUAAAUAAAAGUUAAGAUCAUUUUCAAAUGUGAAAUUUUUUGCAGUUCCAAUUUGCCAUCACAAACUGUAAAAAGUAAUGGUCAUAAUAGAAUUGAAGAUCUCAGGAUUCUGCAUUCUUUUCCCCACUUGUUUUGGCAUGUGAAAUGCAUGUAGACCUUGCAGUUAUAAAUGGCAACAACAGCAAAUGGCAUGCUCACAGUGCUGCUGUUUUUGAGAAAAGAAUUGCUUUUGUCUUUUUGUGUGUAAAUUAUUGAACUAAAUGUAAAGGUAUUACAUUGAACCAUUGAAGAAUGGGUUAAUUUACAUAAUUGUUCCUCGAGCUUCAUUAUGUUAAAAAACAAAUUUUUGUAUCAGUUUUUUGUUAACAUUUUGUACUUGUAUAAUUUUUGUGAGUUUGGUAAUAUACUAAAAGCAAAAAAACCAAGUCAGAAGAAAACUACUUACCUAGCAACAGUAGUCGAGCGCCUACAUUUUGUCCCCAACUCUUGGCUACAGCUAAGUGUCUACAGACUAUGCUUAAAUUGUUUGUGGAACAUGUCUGCUAGACCUGAUUUUGCCCAAGAUAGCUGUGCAGGUUGAAUUUAAAAUGAAAACAUUCAGUCUCAGCAUGUAACUAUUCUUACAGUACUCAAAUGUGAAAAAUGGAGGGUACCAUUUCACAAGAUUGUUUUUGUGAAGAGGAACAAAUGAAAUGGACUGAAUGCACAGCUGGUGCCCCAGGUUCUUGUAAUAGCAAACUAACAGAAUUGGGGACUUUUAUUCAUGGACAUUACCUUGUGGUGUACGCCCAUAGAAUCACAGUUGAUUUUAUGAAGUCUCUAGACAUACCUACUUGUACCCAAAUGCAAACUUUAGUAAGGCUCCACAAUGGAUAAGUACAAGAUAUUAGUGAUUUGUGUACUCUGGCAAGUGCAUCUCAUUAUGUUUAUACAAUUUAAACUUAUCAAUUGAGUGGUAUGUGUGUCACUGUGUGCUGUUCUAGGAAAACAUUACCUCAUUGUUUUUCCCCGCAAUUUCAUACAACUGCAACAACAUCUAAUUGCCUAUUUAUUUCAUAUCCUAUGUGCAUGGUCCUACUGGGCGUCCUCUGAAGCCAAACUGAGUGCCCCUUUAAGGUUGCCCUUUCAGCAACCACAUUUGUGUUUCCAUGACUAAUUCUCAGUAUAUAGUGUGGGGUUACUGAGCAAUAACAAGAGAGCGGACAUUUAAUUUCCAGAGAAUGUGGAGGCCAACAGCCAUUCGUGCUUGGAAUUGUGUUUAUUACUACAUCUAGGUACAUUUAUGUUCACAUGCAUUUACUGGACUGAGCAAAUUUUUGCCUACUACUCUACAAGGUGGAAUAAUUUUUCAUUCAUAAUACAGUGUAGGAGCAGUCAGAAUACUUAUAAUGUAAACAAGUUCCUCAUUUAACAAUAAGUUCUUUACAGGCAAAGAAUUUCUUCUGUGUGUUGGGCAUUUAUAUAGUGCCUGACCUUUAUUGUAUUAUUGGAAUCCUUUAUUGUAUUAUUGGAAUCCUUUAUUGUAUUAUUGGAAUGACACUGUGCACUGUGAAACGGCUACAGUGUAGAAUCGAUAGUUUUGUUAUCUAAACCACAUUCAUGGGACUAACAUUCUUCCUUUAAAAUCAUGCUGUCGACUUGCGCAUAACGUAAAUAACUUACUGUUAGUUUUCUGUGCAUUCACAAAACUUGAUGCCCAGUACAUUUGUUUGCUUUCUUCAACAAAUCUUGUAAUUGCAGAUUUUUUGCUGUUAUGUUUAAGUUUUGCUGUCCUGCAUUUAUGUCAGUUUCAGCAUUGUCUGGGACAUUGGUAGAUCAGUGUUGCCUGUAUGAUGAGAUAAGAACAUCAAUCAACUAAUCCUUUAUCCUUAAGGUCAAGUGAAAUUGAGUUAAGUCUACAGAUAGGGCAAAAUAAGACAGUCUAACCAUGGAGGAAUAAGAACACAGAUGGCCCAGCAGGCAGAUUUUGCUAGCGUUACAAAUAGGAAAAUAAUUUUACAGUACAAUGAGUAGUAUAAAAAAGACAGUUUAAAUAUUUUUCACACCAUAUGAACAUGUGUUCAUUUAUAACUAAUGUACCUGCUGUAUUUUUCCCCACAAUACAUGGAAACUGUUUCAGAUUCUUCAAAUUGGUUCAUUGCCCCUGAAUGAAUUAAAAGGCAACUUUUUAAAUGCCCCAUUGCCAUUUUUAUUUGGUUAUUGCUGCAAAACUUCUGCAACUCGCACACAUCAUCGAUUUUUUUCAUCUGCCUUCUAAUUAAGAUUCAUCUACACUUAUAGGAAAGUGAAAAGUUUGAAUCAAUCGGAGGGAAUAUCAAGAACACAGAGAUGAAAGUAUGGUAUUGUUACUUUGUGCAAUUUAGCAAGUGUGUGUGUUUUCCCGUAAUUAGUAUUGGAGGCUACUAAGUUGAUCACUCCUUUCGUUGCUAAUCGAAACAUGUUCAUGGAAAAUGGCUAUCAAUAUUAUAAUCCGCUGUUUGUAGCUGUGAAUUGGGAGAGAACUCUUGUCCUCUUGAAUUACAUACACUGUAUUUUUUCCUUUAAAGGGGCCAAAGUCACACAGAUUUUACGAAAGAUUACCUUUAUUUCAUAUUAAUAGUUGGCCAGAAACAGUUCUCUGGUAGGAAUUGAGCUGGUAUUGCAUGAUGGUAGCCUGGAUAAAUGAAUGAACAAAAUGAACCAUAAUGGUACUUCUCUUGACUUUGAAGUGUUUGGAAAGUGUUCGAAUGCCAUACCUAAAUUGAUACCCUAUGCCUGUACUAUUCCUAGUGAUGUAGACAAGGAUGUCUGGUUGGUACGUGCAAACUGAGACGCGUUGGCAGAAUUAUUGUAUUUAGAACUUCUGUCGUGAAUGAGCAAUAUGAUAAUGUAUGGGCUGAGUCACAGGCUCACUGCCCUUCUGAAACUACAUGCAGCGUAUACAUGUGCAUGACUGCAUAUAUGUAAACAACGAGUGCCCUUUUUUUUCAUCAGGGAUUUAUGAAAACCCUAUACCACGGAGGAAUUAAAACACGUGUACCUGAAUAUCCGUGUAAAUUAGCCUUACUAUUUGGAUAUGACCUUGGUAGUAUUUUUCCCUACAUUCAAAUCUGGACUGUUACGUAACGUGCGGUUGUGAACCACCCAUCUGUGAUGCUAUCAGGGGCACAUGUUUGAAUGCGUGACCAUUUCACACCUAGAGCAGAAAAUGAUGUAUCGGCAGGCCUGAUGGCCUGUGCCUGUUUGCUCAAUAAACUUCUUGUGGGCAGGGGCAUUGUUAUCUCUGGAAAGAGUCAAUAAACUUAUUUGUAUGAUAUUACAAAAAUGGUCUUACACAAGCUACCUCUGCUGCCGCAUAAUCAGUGGAUUUUUGUAGAUGAUUGAUCAAUUUUGUAAAUACCAAGCUCAUAAUGAUUCAUGGUGGACAUGUUUAUGAACGUGCGUAAUAAUGUGAGCUGAUAGUGAAUAUUCCGUUAUUUGAUAAAUUAAGGGAAUUCACAUAAUAUUUAAGGCCGUGAUAGUUGUACGUUCAAAUUCUGAGAGAGGUUUUGGUCAGAGUAAGAGUUCUCGAUUAGGCAGUACACGUUGUGACUAUGCACAUUUCCUCCUCGUCGUCACUGGGAGAGUUUCAUUUCACAGCUCACGCUAGUUAUAUUAAACAUGUAUUUGAAAAAUUCAUUUGGUACGUGGUGAGAGGGAUUUAUCCUCAACCUUUGUUGAAACCGUACUACACGAGUUUGUCAUCCCAUUAUUCGACCUUAGAUUUGGAAAAUCUUUUGAAUUUAACCAUGUUUGGACAAUUUAUAAUUUGUUCUGAGUUGGAAAUAUAACAUAGUUUGCAUAGCUGUGGACUUAUUUGAUUGAAACAACUGCGCCUAUUUUGCAUAAUGACUUUUGAACAAGGAGUAAUUUCUGCACUUGCUUCGUGUUACCCUUUGUUGUUUGGCACACAAGCAACCAAUCAACGUUCGUUACCUGAACCAAGGGUAUCAGAAAACAACAGUUAUCUCAGGCAGAGAGAAUAUCUGCCGGUACGUGAGCGGUCUUAAAUACAGUUAUUUUAUAUAAGAAUUUCGAACUUCCAUAAUGCUGUGUAAAUGGUACAAGCUUCAAAAAGUAUAGUGUAACUUUUCUCUUGGAUAUAGAGAGUUGCAGUAGGUUUAUAUAAUAGGUGUAUGAUGUACAUAAUAAAACUGAAGAUGAAACCCAA